AUGUCUGAUGAUAUGGAGGAGUUCAAGUUCUCACUCAAAGUGAUGGUCAAUAGAGAGAAAGGUAAGGUACUUUUCGCAGAAGCCGAUAGUCAUUUUGCAGAUAUUUUGCUAAGCUUCUUGACUUUGCCGUUGGGAAGAAUCAUCAAAGUCCUCAACAAACACUACGGAGACGAUGAGGCACCUACCAUUGGAAGCUUAAGCAGUUUGUACCGUAGCUUAGUAAAUCUUGAUAGCUCCCAUUUCUGUUCAGAGGGUGCUAAGCAAACUCUGCUCAAUCCUAGAAGCUCUAUUGAAGAUCAAUACAAAAUGCUCAAACUUGACAUUGUUGAUUUUCAACCACCUAAAUAUUUGUAUUGUAGAAGGCACUGUUUAUCUUCUAGAAUUCCUAGUGUGAGCGUGUACUACGAUAAUGCAGCUACGUGCACAGUUAGGAAAUGUCGCGAUGAGAUGAUAGAAGAAGAAGGUGAAAAAGGAUGUCUAGAUGCUUCUGGAAAUGGAGUUUUCUUUAUAAAUACAGCAUCUUUCAUAAUCUCUGAUGAUCUCAACAUGGUUCCAAUUCAGAGAGGACUGUCAGGAAUCAUCAACAUUCUUGGCAUUACAGAUAUAGACGGAGCUGAGCAAAUCAAUGUGACUUUUGGCUUUAGUGAG